CAAGCACAAAGAUAUAAUUUUAAUACCUAUUCUUAUUGACCAGUUCUUUUUAACGGACAAGUGAUCACAGGAUAUUACCGGUUUAUUUUGGUGUCAAUAGAAAUCGAUUUUUUAAUUCCCUGAAUUAUUGAGUAAUUCAUUAUAUGUAUUAUGUUUGAAACUAUUCCCGUGCAUUUGAAGAAGAUUAUGAAGGACUGGAACUUUGAAUUUUAACCAUACUCACAAGUUUUAGAAAACCAUACUACCUGAACUUUGUCCAAAGAUCCUCAAUAGAAUUUGGAGAUACAUGGAUCUUUGAUCUUAGUUAUAGAUAAAGGAGACGAACGAUGCAAUACAGACAAAGACUAGGGAUAGUUAUAUUAUGUUUAGGUGUGACGAUGCUGUUUUGUGUCUUCUCGCAGUUGUCAGACUAUUUUACUUACAGAUUAGUUAAAGUUAAUUCAGAUGCUCCAGAUAUAACUGCUUCUUCCAUCAUGUCCACAGCAUAUAUUUCCAGCUUAUUAAUAUCAAUUGAAUCAAUAAGAAAAGAUUGUGGUCAGUUGUGCGACACAACACGGACAGGGUUACCUGGACCAUUUUUUGACCACAUAUUAGCAAACGUUAAUUGUACAUCAUUAUUUGAAAAUAAAUAUAUUGAUAACGGCCAUGGAUUAUCUCAAGCACCAGGGCAGAUACCAACAGAAUUAAUGAACGACUUUACUAUGAAUGGACGCAUACCUUUGAAGAAGUUUUAUCUAAAUCAACAGUAUUUAGGACAAAAAGAUAAAAAGCUUCUUUGGAGUGAAAAACUUAUUGAGGAUUGGAUUGCCCUUGCAAAACGAGGUCAGUUAAAUGGCAAUUACGGAGCUAUUGAAACAAAUGCCUUGCGUGAUGGACUACAACAUGCACCAAAUAUUAAAGGAGGACGUGUUUUAGUGAUAGGCUCUGAAAUCCCUUGGGUUGAAGCUUGUGUAUUGGAAGCAGGUGCUCGUGAAGUAGUGACACUAGAAUAUGCAGAAAUAGUAUCGGAACACCCCCGUGUUAAAACAAUCUUGCCGUAUGAUUUCAGAAUGAAAUUCCUUCACCAAAAGAUUGAACUAUUUGACGCUGUUGUGACGUUUAGCUCUGUGGAGCACUCAGGUUUAGGACGAUAUGGCGAUGCCCUUAAUCCUUGGGGAGAUAUCAUCGCAAUUUCAAGGGCCUGGUGUGUUACCCGUGCAGGGGGGUCAUUGACUAUCGGUGUACAGUACAACUUCCAUGACGAAUUCAUACGGUUUAAUGCAGAUAGAUGGUAUGGAAAAAUUCGUUAUCCAUUUCUUACAACAAACUGGAAACAAAUAUACCGAGGCGAAGGCUAUCAGCGUGUUCAUGUGUUCACAAAAUGACAUUUAUUUUUGUUCAAUUUAAAAGUAUUGAGAAAAAAACGAGAAAAAUGAUUAAGCAGCAACACCAAAUCUAGGGAGAGUUAGGUGAGGAACGAAAUUUAUUUUCAGUAGCAGCUCCUAGUAAAAUUUGCUGUUAUCGAA